AUGGAUAGGGAGGACGGGAAUUUUAGCCCCAAGAGGCGCAAAAUAGAUUUCAAUCCCCUACGCUCCGAUGAUCGCUAUACAUCUCUUCCAAAUCGGAGCCAUUCAUCUCGACCACACGGCCGCUUCCAACAUGGUCCCAACUCGCGCGCUUCCACACCUCGCGCGCAAUCCAACUAUGCCUCAACCCCAAAACAGCAAGAGUUCGACGGUCCAGAACCUCUAGUGAGCGCAGAUGAGCAGAAUGCCCUUGAUCGCGACUGGUAUACCGGUGACGAGACUGGUGGACAUACCUUUGGCGAUGACUCCCAUAAUCCGUUUGGGUCGUACGAUACUUCAUGGGUCGAGCAGCAACAGCGGGAGGCUGAGUUAGUCGAGAAGAAAUCCGGACGACAUAUGAAUGCGCGCCAACUGCAGAGGCAAAAGGACAACGAUGCCUGGGAGACUAAUCGUAUGCUUACUUCUGGUGUCGCUCAACGACGUGCAUUAGGGGAUGACUUCGAAGACGAUGACGAGGGAACUCGCGUUCACUUACUAAUUCACGACCUUAAACCGCCAUUUUUAGAUGGACGGACUGUGUUUACCAAGCAGUUGGAGCCAGUUCCAGCUGUUAGGGACUAUCAGAGCGACAUGGCUGUAUUCAGUCGCAAAGGGAGCCGCGUGGUGAGGGAAAGGAGGCAGCAGAGGGAACGUCAGCGCCAUGCCAAAGAGGCUACCAACAUGGCCGGUACCGCUCUUGGAAAUGUCUUGGGCGUGAAAGAAGAUGAGGGGGAUAGCGCCUUGCCGAUAGCAACAGAAGAAGAUGCACCAAAGUCCGGAGAGAACAAGUUCAGCGAGCACAUGAAAAAGAACGACGGCGCAAGUGCAUUCAGUCAGAGUAAAACCUUGAGAGAGCAGAGAGAAUUCCUACCCGCCUUUGCAGUCCGGGAAGAUUUAUUGAGGGUGAUUCGAGACAACCAAGUUGUUAUAGUAGUUGGCGAGACAGGUUCAGGAAAAACGACACAGCUUACACAGUUUUUAUACGAAGACGGGUACGGGAAAUCAGGCAUGAUAGGGUGCACUCAACCUCGACGAGUAGCGGCAAUGAGUGUAGCGAAGCGUGUGGCCGAGGAGAUGGAGGUCAAGUUGGGUAGUACGGUUGGUUAUGCUAUUCGAUUCGAAGACUGUACUAGUAAAGACACCGUCAUCAAGUACAUGACCGAUGGUGUUUUACUACGAGAAUCGCUUAACGAGAGAGACCUGGACCGUUAUUCAUGCGUAAUUAUGGACGAAGCUCACGAGCGAGCGCUUAAUACGGAUGUGUUAAUGGGACUUUUCAAUAAGAUCUUACAACGCCGAAGAGAUCUCAAGUUAAUCGUUACGUCUGCCACCAUGAAUUCGAAGCGGUUUUCGGAUUUUUUCGGUGGUGCCCCUGAGUUCACCAUUCCAGGUCGAACCUUUCCAGUCGAUAUUAUGUUCCAUCGAUCGCCGGUCGAAGACUACGUCGAUCAAGCUGUUCAGCAAGUACUCGCCAUACACGUAUCGAUGGGCGCUGGCGAUAUUCUAGUAUUUAUGACGGGACAGGAAGACAUCGAAUGUACUUGUGAAUUAGUACGAGAACGCCUAGACGCCCUUAAUGAUCCACCAGAGCUCAGUAUCCUUCCGAUUUACAGUCAAAUGCCAGCAGACCUACAAGCCAAAAUUUUCGACCGGGCACCUCCUGGAGUACGGAAAUGUAUUGUGGCUACUAAUAUCGCAGAGACUAGUUUGACGGUCGAUGGUAUUAUGUACGUGGUGGACGCGGGAUAUUCUAAGCUAAAGGUGUACAACCCUCGGAUGGGUAUGGACACGCUCCAGAUUACACCAAUAUCGCAAGCGAAUGGAGGCCAACGUGCUGGUCGUGCUGGUCGAACAGGUCCUGGUAAAGCGUUCCGCUUGUAUACCGAGAAAGCAUUCAAGGAUGAACUUUAUAUUCAAACGAUACCCGAAAUUCAACGGACGAAUCUCAGCAAUACGGUGCUUCUACUAAAGUCACUGGGCGUUCGGGACUUGCUCGACUUCGAUUUUAUGGAUCCGCCACCGCAGGACACUAUUACUACCUCCCUUUUCGACCUCUGGGCUUUGGGUGCGUUGGAUAACCUCGGAGAGCUGACGGAUCUCGGUUCUAAGAUGAACGCUUUUCCUAUGGACCCGUCUCUGGCAAAGCUCCUCAUCAUGUCCGAAGAGUAUGGGUGUAGCGAGGAAAUGGUUACUAUCGUCUCUAUGCUCUCCGUCCCUAACGUUUUCUACCGUCCCAAGGAACGACAAGAAGAGUCUGAUGCAGCGCGCGAGAAAUUCUUCGUUCCCGAGUCCGAUCAUCUAACCUACCUCCAUGUGUAUUCACAAUGGAAGACCAAUGGCUAUUCGGAUGGUUGGUGUACGCGCCACUUUCUGCACCCGAAAUCACUACGGAGAGCAAAGGAGAUCAGAGACCAGCUUCUUGACAUCAUGAAAAUGCAAAAGAUGCAGAUGGUCAGCUGCGGUACGGAUUGGGAUAUCAUUCGCAAGUGUAUCUGCUCUGGUUACUACCAUCAGGCAGCCAAAGUCAAGGGUAUAGGAGAGUAUAUCAACCUACGUACAUCAGUUACGGUACAGCUCCAUCCCACAAGCGCCCUAUAUGGUCUCGGCUUUCUCCCCGACUACGUGAUCUACCACGAACUUAUCCUCACGUCGAAAGAGUACAUGUCAACAGUAACAUCCGUCGAUCCCCAUUGGCUUGCGGAGUUGGGUGGUGUUUUCUACUCGGUAAAAGAGAAGGGGUACUCAGCCCGAGAAAAGCGUAUUACAGAGACCGAGUUCAACCGCAAGAUGGAAAUCGAGGCGAAGAUGGCAGAAGAUAAGCAAAGAUACGAAGAACAGAAGAAAUUGGAAGAGGAAAGGGCGGCUAAGAAGCCCGCAGCCAACAAGGAAGCUAAGAAGAUUAUUACUUCUGGCGCAGUGAAGAAACCUGUAGCCAAAAGGAAGGGCAGGGGUUUCUAG